AUGCCAAGCGACGCCAGCGUCUUCUCGCCCGCGACGGUCGCCAAGCACUACCGCGAGACGACGCGGCACACUGUGCUGCCCAACGGCCUCAGCGUCGAGUACGCAGUCCACGGCGCCGACGACGCACCUGAAAAAGUCCUUCUCAUCAUGGGCUUGCACUUUGAGAAGGAGGCGUGGCUUCCGCUUAUCGCUACGCUGCUCGACGACGCGGAGAGAUCGCCUCGCGUUCAGCUCGUCUCGUUCGACAACCGCGGCGUCGGCGGCUCGGACAAGCCAUGGGCGUUCUACUCGACGUCGCAGAUGGCCCACGACACGUUGCAGCUUCUGGACGUCUUGCAGUGGCCGUCUGCCCACAUCGUUGGCAUCAGCAUGGGCGGCAUGAUCUCACAGGAGCUUGCGUAUGCAGCGCCGCACCGCGUGCAGUCGUUGAGCCUCCUCGUGUCGGCGACAGGUUUUCGCCGAGGCCCUUUGCCCCGACUCCACCAGCUUGCCGGCUACUGGAAGUCGUGCGUCAACAUGAUCCUGCCGACGCGCGAAAGCAUCACCGACAUGCUGCUCUACAUCUUGUACCCGGACACGUUCCUCGGCGCGUCGAACGGCCAUGUGGGCAAGCUGCUCCAAGAUUUUCACAUGCACCGCCUUCAGUUCGCGCGCAACCAGAUCAGCGGCGCGAUCGGCCAAGCGACCGCGCUCCUGCGCCACGACAUGAGCAGCGGCCGGCUCCGGCAGAUCCAAGCGGCGGGCUUUCCGAUUCUCGUUGUCGCUGCCAAGCUCGACCGGCUCCUCCACUCGGACAACUCCAAGCUCCUCUACAAACACCUCAAGGGACCUCAGACGCACAAGCUCAUCUUUGACGACACGGGCCACGGCGUGCACGUGCAAAAGCGGCAUGAGGUCGCCUCCGCCUUGCUGCAGCUCAUCAGAGCCAACCCCAUGGGGUCUGCGUAUCCGGAUCCGGAUAAGUGA